UCUUUGGCGUCUUGUUUGGGAUCACGAGGAAUUUAAGAGAGAUUAGAACCAAGGAUUUCUCCCAACUGAUUUAUGAAACCACUUUUACAGUGAUGUGGAGGAAGUAUUUUGUAACAUUAGCUCUCGUAGCUUGUUUAGAACUUCAAGUAAUAAAAGGAACAUUCCACAUAAAACCGAAAAGUCACAAGGCCAAAUGGACAGAUGACAGAGAGUCUAAACAAGUGAAACGGGACACAGUUCCUUCGACAAACGGGUACCCUUCGUAUGGAUCACAGUACACCGCACAGGCUACCACAUCUUACAACAGUGCAGCGUAUAAUACUGGACAGAGCAGGUCAGCAAUGCCAUAUCCAGCUUCUUCUCCUUCGCCAGCGCCUGCCACUGCAUCUGCAUCUUCCUCAGCGCCCGCUCCUGCGACAGCAACAGCGGCAGCAGGAGCUUCAGCGCAAGGAGCCGUAGCUGCAACAGCCCAAGCAGCAGCACCAGCACCGGCAGCUGCUUCGGCUCCAGCCGCUGCAUCAGCCGCUGCUGCUCCGGCUCCGGCUCCCGCACCAGCGGCUGCCGCUCCGGCUCCAGCUCCAGCUCCUGCUUCACCAGCUUCUGCCCCGGCUUCCUCUACAACAGCACAGGCAUCAGCUGGCGCCAGAGCAUCUGUCCCCUACAGUUCAUCAGCGUCUGCUACUUACCAACCUUCAUCUCAAAGCUACAGCUACAGCUAUAACCCAGCACCAGCACCAGCUCCCUACUACUCCUCGUACCCAGCGCCUGCUGCUUACGCCUACCCAGCUCCAGCCCCUGCUCGAUCCGCAACCGCUUUGAUUGCUGCCGCAGUGGCUCAGGUGGCCAAGUCUACUUCCACCCAAGGUUCAAGCAAGGCCCAAACAAGAAGCGAUUUGACAGGAGUUUGUCUAGACGAUGAAAGAGCCAACAACUUCUGUCUUAAGGCAAGGAAUCCAUGUUUCUGUGAAGAAAACCACCACUUCAUGUACAACUACUGUAAAGAUUCAUGCAAUUGGUGUGACUCGUCUGAGAACAUUGGACACAGAUUUUGGAGAAUAGUAAACGAAGCAAAACUGCCAAGAUCUUGGGUAUUAAACAAGGUCCAAUUCUUUGCGGACAAACGCGCCAAGAGACCUUUGGAUACACCAGAUCCAAGAAAGGCGUUCGCUAGCUCAAGCUACCUUGGAUAUGAGCCCGGCAGUGCUUUCGACAACAGGAGCAGCACUUAUUGGCUUCCCAAUGGAUGGUACAGUCGAGGACCAGGUGAAGAUUUCAUUGGGUAUGAGUUCAAUCAGCCUGUUGCUAUCAAUUCCGUCCGCGUUGUACACCAAUCUGGACAAGGGAAUGUCGUGUCCAAGAAAAUGUACGUUGAGGCAGCCGAUGCCUAUGCGGGGCCUUAUGUCACCAAAUGGAUCAUCGAGAAUACAAGGAGCAAGAGUAGCAAGAGAUUUAACAACAAAAUGUGUCCUCUGUUCUGGAGACGAUUCUCAACCGACCAAGGAGUGUACUGCUUCAGGCUGAUGACUGAUUUCAACACAUGGCACGGAGCUAGAGACAAGUGUGCUGAAUAUGGUGCUGACCUCGCCUCUAUCAAGGGUGAAGAGGAAGCCGACUUUGUCAAGAACCAAGUACAGCUUUGCGGCUUUACCUGGAUCGGUUUGAAUGACAUGAAAAAUGAGAGCGACUUUAUGUGGAGCGAUGGAAGUAACAUGACGUACAAGUCCAUGAGUCCGCAAAUGGAUUACGUCAAGGACGAGCGGGCAGACCAAGAAAUGGAUUGCGUGGCUACCGAUCAAAACGGACAAUGGACAACUUUCCACUGUGAUGAUAAGUUCUAUUUUCUCUGCAAGAAGAAGCUAACGGGCGAAGAUGCUGAUGACGAUGACGACGAUGAGGAUGAAGAAGAUGAAGUUACUGAGGAGGUUCAUCAUCACAAGAAACAUCACAAAGCUCAUCUGAAAUAUCGUCACCACACGCUGAAGAAGAACAAGGUGAAGAACCACAACACAAAACACAGCCAAAAAGUUACCUUAGCUGAGGAACUCAAGGAGGCUAAAUCAAACAACACCGAGGAUGAACAGGAAGAAGAAACUGCUGACGAGGACGCCAUUCGUGAGGCAGUGAAAGCUCAGAAGAGCUCAAAAGAGCAAUCAGACGAAGAUGAGGAGGAGGAUGACGACGAAGAUGAUGAAGAUUCUGGCUCCGGUUCUGGCCGAUCUGCCAGCACUAUUCCCAACAAGCCCAACAAAAGAUCUCCCCAUAAAAAGAUUUGGGAAUUUUAGAGCUAUUUUGAAUUUCACCGGUGUACCUACAACGCAGCAAAGAUAAGAGACAUUUGCUGGCGUAAAACGCUUACGAAUUUGCAAGAUGAUUCAUGGAAAUACGUAUUGCGUUUCCGAGAGUAAUGUUUUUGUUCAAGCAGGAAAGCAGACGUUCGGUUAUCAGAAAUUAUUGAUGAAAUUGCUUGAGAUGGUAAAAGGGUUUUCUGAGGAAGAAACUGGGGAAAAAGGAAUGAACAGGGUAUAAAUUCUCCGUGAUCAAAAUCAUUAAUGCAAAGCUGUGGUAAAGGAUGAAUGAUUUUUAUUUAGACUUGAUCAUGGAAAGCUUCCUUCCUCUCUAAUCGGGCAGUUUAUCCUCAUAAAACCCUUUCGUUGUGUUGCGCUUCACGUUUUAAUGUAACUUGAUUAAUUACAGUUUCAUUUUUCACAAAACUUCUUUCUGGCGAAGAAUGAGGAAAAAAGCAAUAUAUACGAAUGAAUUAGCCUUACUUUUUAAAAGUUGACAAACCCAGAAAAAUGCAUGAUUUUAACUUGAUUACUCCUUGAUUUGACGCCAUCUUUGGAGUAUGUGGUAUUUCGCGUUUAUGUUUACAUUGCUUUUCUCGUAAAUGCGGAAUACUGCAUGUGUUAUGGCAUCACAAGAAGAAGCUUUUCAGGUAGUCAUGAAUUUUUAUGGAAAAUGCCUCUGAUUUCAUAUUCAACACAAGUUGAAUGGCUUUUUUUUUCAUUUUCAAUUGGUAUCAUUUCCAAAUUCUUGUCGUUAAAAACAUAUAUUUUUCAAUUUAGUUUUGCUCCUACAGAAGAAUAAGCUUAGAAAGAAUUCCAAAAAAAGAUUGAUGGUGGCCUUAUGUUCAGUGUGUUACACUAAGCUCCUUAUAUAUCGACUGAGAAAGCUUAAAAAGGUUGGUUGUAAAUUACAGUAAUCUUCUUGGAAAGUUAAUUAAAAAGUUUCAUUACAAAAUAGA